CUCGCCAGUGCACCCGCACAAGAGGCGCGCGCCCGUCGGUCGCGUGCGCAUCGAGAGAAGCUUGAGGCUGUACCGAGCUCACAGCAGCUGCAGCGAAAGGCAAGAUGCUAAAGGUCUUGCUCUGUGUUGUUGCUGUAGCCUUUCUGCAAAUAGAAGGCAGACAGCGAGCUACAGCGGACAACGGCAAUUUUCUGGAUGAUAAACAAUGGCUGACCACCGUCUCACAGUAUGACAAGGAGCCAGGGCAUUGGAACAAAUUUCGAGACGAUGACUAUUUCAGGAACUGGAACACUGGCCGACACAUGGACCAAGAUGCUGCUAAAGAUCCCUGUCUAAAUGUGAAAUGCAGCCGGCAUAAAGUGUGCAUUGCUCAAGACAACCAUCGAGUGGUUUGCAUUAGUCACAGAAGACUAACGCACAGUAUGAAAGUAACCAAUAUGGCCCACAAGCAACGGAAAGGAUCAAACUGCAAACCGUGUCCAGUAGUUCAUCCUCAUCCUGUAUGUGGAACUGAUGGCCACAUCUACUCAUCUCCGUGCAAACUGGAAUAUCAAGCUUGUGUUUCAGGGAAGCAGAUAUCAGUCAAAUGUGAAGGACAAUGCCCUUGUUCAACAGAUAAAUUGUCAAUCGAAGGAAAAAGUCAACCAAAAGCAGAAUGCAGUGAGAAAGAGUUCAGAGAAGUUGUAUCAAGGCUAAAAGACUGGUUCAAAGUGUUACAUGAAAAUGGAAACCACAACAAAAAGACUCACGCGUUUCAGAGGCAGGACAAGGACCGAGUUAGAUUUGACACUAGCAUUCUUCCCAUUUGCAAGGACUCACUUGGGUGGAUGUUUAACAGACUGGACACAAACUAUGACCUAUUACUUGAUCAGUCAGAGCUGGGAAGCAUUUACUUUGAUAACCAUGACUUAUGCAUGAAACCAUUUUUCAACUCAUGUGACACAUACAGAGAUGGUCGCAUUUCCAACAAUGAGUGGUGCUACUGCUUUCAGAGACAUCAAGAUCCUCCCUGCCUGAUGCAGCUGACCAGUACUCAAAGGCAGCUAAGUGGAAAGAAGCCACUUGGUAUUUUUCUUCCCACUUGUGAUGAAGAUGGAUAUUAUAAAGCCACUCAGUGCCAUGGCAGUGUGGGUCAAUGCUGGUGUGUUGACCGAUACGGGAAUGAACUGGGAGGAUCUAGAUCAAAUGGACAUUCUGAUUGUGGUGAACAAGAGAGUUCAGGUGACUUUGGCAGUGCUGACUUUCAUGAAUGGUCAGAUGAUGAAGAUGAUGAGGAAGAUAUCAUUGAUGAAGAAGUUGAUGCUGUUGACAAUGAAGAUGAUGAAGAUGAUGAUGAUGAAUAUGAUGCAGGUGGUGACAUAUGGUAGUCUGGAAAUGUCAAGAACUUUAAUAUUUUGCACGUUUCUAUAGUCAGAUUUCAUGAGUUACUAGUCAUAUUAAAAAGAUCAAAAAUAUUUCGGUCAGCGUGUAUAUUUUGUACAAUUAUACUCUCAAACAAGGACACUCCAGAAAGAAGUCAGCAUCCCUUAAAAAUUGUUGCAGUUCUUUACACUGUAUCAUUUUGGAAACAAAAUUGUAAUUCUUUUAAAUGAGAAAUAUUACAAUAAGCAAGAAAUCUUUUUUUGUUCAAAGAUCAGUUUCCUUUAAGCCAUGUUUUGUCAUUAUGCUUAGUUUUAACGUGACGCAGUAAAUUGAGGCGCACUAACCAUGUCUGUCCCAGGCUGCUCAUUAGUUCUGAAAUUGCAAACAUCGAUGAGAGUUUGUUUCCAAAACUUUUGGCUGGCUAGGUAAAAAUUAAAAUAAACUUGUUGCAUCAAAUAGAAAUUUGACUUUGGACAGCAGUUAAUAAGCUUUUCCAUAUGAACAAGUGAUAUUUCUCAAGAGUUAUUGUUGCAGCUAACAGCCAAUAAAAUGCUUUUUUAGACAGCAGU